AUGUUCGGCCCCACCUUCGUCACCAUCCACGUCCGCAAGAAAGCUGGCGACUCCGCCAAGCCCCAGGCCUCCAAGAUCUUCCUCACCGCCAGCGACCUCCAGCGCCUCCUCGUCUACAAGCAGGUCGACGCCGCCAAGCUCCUGGGGGUGUCUCUGACGGCGCUCAAGAACGCGUGCAGGCAGCUGGGGCUGGAGAGCUGGCCCAAGGAGCGGAGCCAGCUACUGGCGGCGAGGAGGAGGGAGGCGUGGGACGUGCGGGAGUGGUUCGGGGGUCAGGAGGAGGGUAUAAGUGCUACGGAAGGGACGGAGCAGGAGGCGGAAACAGUGGAGGAAGACGGCACAGUCCCAAUUCUGGAUGGCGCACCGUACCUCGAGCAGUGGAGUAGAGAAUGGGUCAUGGAAGAGAAGGAUGAAUCUGCAGGAAAUUGA